AUGGGAAAAGAGCCCGAGUUCAUCCUCGAUAUGAAAACAGUUUACGGGGCAGUCACUUCUACCUCUACUGCAGACACACCCACGCCGGCAGAAACAUUGGAAGAAAUAAUGAGUUAUAAAGAAACUCCAGUACAUUUAUUGAGACGAGCUGGCAGAGAAAUCGCUUCAAUGCAAGUUAAGUAUUUUUCAUACCCAUUACACCCAAAUGUAGUGCAUGAGUCGAGGCUCGUGGUGGUUCCGUCUUGCGUGAAUGAUUUUUCCUAUCCAGUUGAAGUGCAUGAGUUGAGGCUCGCGAAGGAAAAGAAAUUGCCGUUAAUUGCGGAGUUCUGGGAGAGUGUUAUGUCAUCUGAAAAACGAAAGAUGACAACUAUAUCAGAACGCACGACAUUAUUGGAGGAACACGCCACUACGGUUGUGAAAUUGACUUCACAGCAAGAUCAAAUCAUACGAGAAAAGUUUACAAGUCACCUAGAGGCAGAAGGACGAGCCACGAACACCAGAAAAUCAGGAAGGAGAACCUUCAAGCGGGAUGAUCCUCAGGAGAAAAAAGGUGAACUAUGCUGA